GUUACGGGAAAGCGUCGCUCCCUGGUCGCUACGGAGGGAGGGAUGGGUGUUUUGUAGUUAAAAAGACACUUUUGUGCACUUUCCCACGCAGUUAGGACAGCGGUCUGUCAUGGCAGUGUGUGGGAAACGGUUCGCUUUUGUUAAAAUAACAACUUUUCCAAGCUUUAACGCGUGCGCGUCUAUGUUUUACUGCCACUAAUGCAUUGAUCUUUCUUAGAAUGACAGAUAAAGAUUAGUUAGCAUGCUAGCAAGCUUGCUCCCCAGCCUCUGCAUCACCCAGCGACGACACCUGCCAAUGACAGUGUGACUGCAGGUUCCUAGGCAGACAUGGGCAAACUACAGAGCAAGUUCCGCAAGAGGUCUGAGCUCUACAGGGCAUCUCAGGCAGAGAAGACAGAUAAUACCUUUGACAGUCAGGUGGUGCAGUAUGAGCCUGCACAUCAUGGGUCCAUUAACACAGUGACCACUCUCAGUCCAGACCUGUGUGUUUCUGGCGGGAGUGACCAGGCUGUGGUGGUGUACGACUGGAAACAAGGCCGGAUGUGUCAGUCUUUCCAGGGCCACAACCGAGAGGUUACCAAGGUGAUUUGUUAUCCAGGUAGUACAUGGAUCUUCAGUGCCUCACGGGACAAGACUGUACUGAUGUGGGACCUCAACCAGGGAGAUGAACCUAUUCAGGAAUUCUGUGGGCAUGAGUUGGUGGUCAAUGGACUAGCUAUCAGUCCUGAUGGAAGAAAGCUGUGCACUGGCUCUCGUGACAACUGGAUGUGCCUGUGGGAUAUAGAAUCUGCAAAAUGUGAACAGAGACACAACAUAUCUAGAAACCUGGUGACUCAUGUAUGCUGGGUUCCAGCCAGCUCCUCUAUUGUCCAGACCUCUGAGGAUAAGACUGUAAGGGUGUGGGACAGCCGUGUAUGGCAGGUGACCAAUACUUUUCCAGCUAAGCAAUACAUCCAGACCCACUGUGAUGUCUCUCCAAAUGGAAACUACUUGGUGUCCAGUAGCAAUGGCUUUGGAGGACAGGGGUGUGAAGCCACGCUCUGGGACCUGCGUCAGCCUGGCUGCAAAGUUGUGGAGUACAGAGGCCACCUCCAAACCACAGCCUGCUGUGUGUUUCUCCCCAUGCAUCCUGGUGGCACAGCUCGAGUGGCAACAUCCUCCCAUGACAGCUCUGUCAAAAUCUGGGAUCAACAUACAGCAGUUUGUUUAGGGACGCUGUCUCUGGAAGGUGCCGGUCCACUGGUUUCGUUGGCACCGAGUGAUUCCAGCAAUCUGUUGUGUGCCAGCUUUAACAAUGGCCUUCAUCAUAUCCAGGUGGACCAGGGACCACAGCAGGCUCAGGGUUCUGGUGCAGGUGGUGCAGGGGGUCUGGACGUUAAAGUUGUGGCACGUUUCUGACACCCAAGGAGUGUCAGGUGUGAAUUAUAAUGUGAACGGCCAGAGACUCAGCGAGAAUGCAUCGCUGGCUAUGGAAAUCAAGUCAUUUUAUUUUAUUUAUUUAUUUUUUACAGACUUUAUUUCUAUAAACAUUUUUGAUUUAUUAGACUGCCAUGCAGUUAAAGGAGGCGACAAUAAUGACGUAUGGAAGAUGCAACUUUUGUCCAAUAGUGGCCCACCAUGGAUAUCCAUCAUAGAUACUCUUCAUGGGGACUAAAAACAGGAAAUCAUACCUACAGUCAUGAUGGAGGGCAGGAUUUACCUGUUUUUUUUAUAUAUAAACUGCCACUUUAUUUAGAAAUAUGUACCAUGAGGGUAAACAGCCAUUCCAAUAGGUGAGUUUAUUGUAGUUUACAUUGAGUGGUUCAAGUUCUUGCACAGUUAACUAAAUUGCCAAAAAUGAGAGCCUCUCGCUGUUGUAUUGUUGGUCUAGACUCUGUAUACAUUGACUUACUUUGUCUGGCUGAUGUUGUCUAGUUAGCCCAAACUAAUAUUUACAAAAUUUUAUGAACUGCUAUAGUUUGGUGCAGAUGUUGUUUUGCUUUUGUUGGUGAGCUGAUUGCAGUUUGGGCACCGUUUUCUACCACUGACAGUUCUGGCACUAGGUGGUGCUAAUUAAUCUUAACAACUCAAAUCCUGUGGUGGUUUUGGACUAGUGGCUUAUUUUUGACAAAUUGAACUGCCCAGAUUAUGAAGGAUCAGAUUGAGUGGAUGUCUCAUAAUUAACAGUACAAGAACUUAAGCACUCAAUUAAACACAAACUAAUGCAUGGUGAAAAGAGGAGGGAUGUUUGCUGCUGUUUGGUCAGUUUUUAUACAUCGUGAGCCAUGAAGGAGAAUUUGAAGCCCACAAUAAGCAAUCGUUUUUUGUUUCCUGAUGUUUCUUUUUUUUCUUUGGUUUUUUUUUGUUUAUCAGCAAAUGUGAUGUCAGCAAAAGAGCAUGUUUGUAUGCUGAUAAUAUUUAUUAGUUUGUAUUUUAACAUCAACCUGUUGGGGUUAAAAGAUCAGGUCAGUACAACACCAAACUGUAACACAUCUGGUUGCCAUGUAAACGUAAAUGGACAAAUUUUUUUUUUUUAAAAGAUAGAGAUUCUCAUAUUUUUAUGAAAAGCAGCUGAUAGUUGAAUGUUUUUGUAGUGUUAACUUUUAAAAGUACUAUGCAAAAUACCAGAGUAAUUCCACUUUUUUAAUAAAACAUUGACUCAGUAAA